AUGGGCGAGGAGGACUACUACCUGGAGCUGUGCGAGUGGCCGGUGCACUUCGAGAAGGCGAACCCGGUCAACUGCAUCUUCUUCGAUGAGGCCAACAAGCAGGUGUUUGCUGUUCGAUCUGGUGGAGCUACUGGCGUGGUAGUUAAAGGCCCAGAUGACAGGAAUCCCAUCUCAUUUAGAAUGGAGGACAAAGGAGAAGUGAAGUACAUUAAGUUUUCCUUGGAAAAUAAGAUCCUGGCUUUUCAGAGGACCUCAAAGACUGUGGAUUUUUCUAACUUUAUCCCGGAUAGUUUUCAGCUGGAGUACACUCAGGAGUGCAAGACCAAGAACGCCAGCAUACUAGGGUUCUGCUGGACCAGCUCUACUGAAAUUGCCUUCAUCACAGAUCAAGGAAUCGAAUUUUACCAGGUAUUACCAGAGAAACGGAAUCUGAAACUCCUAAAGAGCCAGAACAUCGAUGUGCACUGGUACACGUACUGUCCCGAGGGCACUGUGAUUCUCCUCUCCACCACGGUGCUUGGAAAUGUGCUGCAGCCUUUCUAUUUCCAGGCUGGCACUAUGUCGAAGCUGCCCAAGUUUGAGAUUGAAUUACCAGCUGCACCUAAGUCAAAUAAACUGAGCCUAUCAGAGAGAGACAUUGCCAUGGCAACGAUAUAUGGACAGCUAUACAUUCUCUUCCUGAGGCAUCAUUCCUGGACCUCCCAUAGUACCGGAGCAGAGGUAGUCCUAUAUCACCUACCACGAGAAGGUGCCUGUAAAAAGAUGCACAUACUGAAGUUAAACCGGACAGGGAAGUUUUCCCUAAACAUGGUGGACAACCUGGUGGUCGUUCACCAUCAGGACACAGAGAUGUCGGUGAUAUUUGAUAUCAAGCUGAGGGGGGAGUUCGAUGGCACCAUUACCUUCCAUCACCCGGUGCUUCCAGAUCGAUCCAUUCAGCCCUAUCAGAUUCCCGCAGCAGGUCCUGCUCCUGUGACCAGCCAGUCCCCCGUCCCGUGUAAACUCUAUUCUUCAUCCUGGAUCGUCUUUCAGCCCGACAUCAUCAUCAGCGUGAGCCAGGGUUACCUCUGGAACCUCCAAGUGAAACUUCAGCCCAUCGUAAACCUCUUGCCAGAUAAAGGAAGACUCAUGGACUUCCUCCUUCAGAGAAAGGAAUGCAAGAUGGUCAUCCUGUCAGUGUGCUCGCAGAUGCUGACAGAGUCAGACAGAUCUACGCUGCCUGUGAUAGCCACUGUUUUUGACAAACUCAACCAGGAGUAUAAAAAGUACCUGGACGCUGAGCAGAGUUACACGAUGGAGACGCCUCAUAAGUUCCUGAUAGCUGUGCUCAUGGAGUAUAUCCGCUCUCUGAACCAGUUCCAGAUCACAGUACAGCAUUAGUUACAUGAGCUUGUCAUCAAGACACUUGUCCAACACAAUCUCUUCUACACGCUACACCAGUUCCUGAAGUACCAUGUCCUUAGCGACUCGAAGCCUUUAGCUUGUCUGCUGCUGUCCCUAGAAAGCUUUUAUCCUCCAGCUCAUCAGCUGUCUCUGGACAUGUUGAAGCGACUUUCCACAGCAAAUGAUGAAAUAGUAGAAGUUCUCCUUUCCAAACACCAAGUGUUAACUGCCUUAAGGUUUAUCCGGGGUGUUGGUGGCCACGAAAGCAUUUCUGCAUGAAAAUUUUUAGAUGGUGAAAAGCAGACUGAAGAUCAUAUACUUUUCUACACUAUAUUCCGGUUUUUUGAACAGCGAAACCAGCGUUUGCGAGGGAACCCUAGUUUCACACCAGGAGAACACUGUGAAGAACAUGUUGCUUUUUUCAAACAAGUUUUUGGAGACCAAGCUCUAAUGAGGCCUACAACAUUCUGAGGUCACUUGCUAGUUUUUUUAUAUAUAUAUAAAAUGUGUACAAAGUUAAUUUAUUGCGUUA